UCUCCCUUUUCUUUCUCGCAUUCUUUAGCAUCUUUGCUUUUGUUUUUCAUUUCUCUUUGCCAAUCUCUUUCCUCCGCUUCGAAGCUCUUGCGUUCUGCAACCAUGUCGGACGAGGAGCACCACUUUGAGUCGAAGGCCGAUGCCGGAGCUUCGAAGACUUACCCGCAACAAGCCGGAACCAUCCGUAAGAACGGUUACAUCGUCAUCAAGGGACGUCCUUGCAAGGUUGUUGAGGUUUCAACCUCAAAGACAGGAAAGCACGGACAUGCCAAGUGCCACUUUGUUGCCAUUGAUAUCUUUAAUGGCAAGAAGCUGGAAGAUAUUGUUCCCUCUUCCCACAACUGUGACGUUCCCCACGUCAACCGUACCGAUUACCAGCUGAUUGACAUCUCUGAGGAUGGAUUUGUUAGCUUGCUGACUGAUAAUGGCAACACCAAGGAUGACCUCAGGCUCCCAACCGAUGAGAGUCUGCUCAAUCAGAUCAAGUCAGGGUUCGAGGAAGGAAAGGAUCUUGUGGUGUCUGUGAUGUCGGCCAUGGGAGAGGAGCAGAUCUGUGGUCUCAAGGACAUUGGUCCCAAGAACUAAACCCGACAUGGUUUCUCAUCGGAGGCAUCAAGAGUCUUUACUCACUGUCUAAUGAACAUUUUAUCUACGUGACCUUCCCUCUUCUUCUUUUUGUCUUUCGUUUUUUUUUCUUUGUUCCUUUAGGUCUCUCUCUCUCUCUCUGUUUCGGUCACUCUUUUUUUUUUUUUUGUUAACUAUUUGGGGUUUGAAACUGUGUACCAUUCGGCUUAAAUCGUUUUUUUUUGUUUGGUGGUUU